GGGACAAAAGGGACAAGAUACUGAAAUGAACUUCUUGACUGCACAAUAUAAAUGGUAGCAUUUCAACUAUGUGAGUAAACUGUUGAUGUGAAAAUUAAUGAUGUCCUUUGCCUCUUUCUGACAGUCAGUGCAACCUCAUGGAACCAAGAAAUAUUACACGGAUAUCAAAAUUUCUUCUCCUGGGAUUUUCAGUGAGACCAGAACUGCAGCCCCUCAUAUUUGGGCUUUUCCUCUCCAUGUACCUGAUCACUGUGUUUGGCAACCUGCUCAUCCUCCUGGCCGUCAGCUCUGACUCCCACCUCCACACCCCCAUGUACUUCUUCCUCGCCAACCUGUCCUUUGUAGACAUCUGCUUCACCUCCACCACCGUCCCGAAGAUGCUCUGGAACAUCCAGACCCAGACCAAAGUCAUAACCUAUGAGGACUGUAUCACACAAAUGAACUUUUUCGUAACCUUUGCAGGGAUGGACGACUUUCUCCUGGCUGUGAUGGCCUAUGACAGGUUUGUGGCCAUCUGUCACCCUCUGCACUACAUGGUCAUCAUGAGCCCCUGGCUCUGUGGGCUGCUGGUUCUGCUGUCCUGGAUCACGAGUGUCCUGUAUUCCUUGGUACACACCUUAAUGGUGUUGGGGCUGUCCUUCUGUACAGAGGUAGAGAUCCCCCACUUUUUCUGUGAACUCAAUCAGAUGAUCCAACUUGCCUGUUCUGACACCUUUCUUGAUAACUUGGUGAUGUAUUUUGCAGCUAUGCUGCUGGCUGGAGGUCCCCUCGUUGGGAUCUUUUACUCUUACUCCAAGAUAGUUUCCUCCAUACGUGGGAUCUCAUCAGCUCAGGGCAAGUAUAAAGCGUUUUCCACCUGUGCAUCUCACCUGUCGGUUGUCUCCUUAUUUUAUUGUGCAAGCCUAGGUGUGUACCUUAGCUCUGCUGCUACCCAGAGCUCACAAUCAAGUGCCACAGCCUCGGUGAUAUACACGGUGGUCACGCCCAUGCUGAACCCCUUCAUCUACAGCCUGAGGAACAGAGACAUAAAGAGGGCUCUGAAAAGAAUCGUUGGGAUCCAGUGAUAUAAGAACCAAUCAUCCAAAGGCUGAAGACAUGACCAUGACUGAAGGACUCAAAUCCCCAGAGCCACGAACUGCCAAUCUUUGAUCAGACUGUGGAAGUAGAAUCUACUCCUUCUAUUUCUUUCUUGGCAUUUUUGAUCAACUUCUCUCUACAUUUAAGGAACUCACUUCAUUAAGCUUCUGCUGUGACUGAAAUACAGACGGUUUCUCCUUUGUCUAUUUUCAGGUGUCCCCAAAGUUUACCCCAACCUUGGGUCACAAAUGCCUGAAAUUUCUGUAUCUCACAUGGGACUAGUUGGAUUUCUUAAAGUUAAUUUCACCUCAAAUGACUUAUACCAUGCAGGAUAAUUUCCCCUAGAUUUCCUGAGAUCGAUAUCAUGAAUUAUAAGCUUCGUACGGAAUAAAGCUACACUUGACCAGUAAGCCAUUUCCAUCAUUUUACUGUCAAGGAGAAUACAAAAGCACAGUUUCCACCUUGAGUCUGUCAGUCUUUUCCUUCACUUCCUUUAGGACUCCACCUGAUGAUGUGGACUCUAACAUUGUUCCAUUCAAGCUCCGGCAAUUCACACCCCGCUCUGGCUAGGAAAGCCCAACCACUCACCCGCACCCAUGAGCUUGUCCACACUCCCACAGACCUUUCCCUGACCACAGCCUAUGCUGUGGCUGCACCUUGGGUUCUUAUUGUGACUGCAGGACACAGGUCAGCAACAUCUAUCGGAGGACUCUAAUAUCCCCAGGUUUAUUACUCAUGUAUCCUGGAGGGCACAUGGGAUGCUCAAAAGCCAUUCUGGGAGGUCUCAGAAGGGGAGAGAGGGUCAAGAGGAAGACAGAGAGAGAGAGAGCCGCUGAGGGAUCAGGCUUUCUCAAGGACCACGGCCAGGGUGGGUAGCUGGUGUUGGGCUCACACGUUCUUGGAGAAUUGUAUUGAGUAGAAUGUGUGGGCUGAAGGGGAAAACCUGAUUCACUCAUGUGUCAGUCUCUAGUUUAUAAAGGGCUUUCUGAAGAGGUACUUUGAGACUGGUCAUAGUCGAGGGCUUAUCUGGUGACUGUGGAACACAUCUGACGAUAUGUUUAUUCAACGUGGUUGUGUUCGAAACGGACCCGGGGAAAAUACGUCAUUUCAGUCCCUUGCACUAAACAUGCCCUUAUGCUUUGUCAGCGGUCUCU